AGGCGGGCAGUGUGCAGGUGCUAGGUGAAGAAGAGCCGGAGUGGGAAUCUAGAGGACGAGAAGACGGCGGAGAAGGUGGGGGCGGACCGCACGGAGAACACAUCGUGAUGAAGAAUUAGAAUUGAGCGGCCAGAGAGGACGUGUGACCGAGGCUCGCAGUGUACCGGAGGGGGGGCUCUCUCAGGGAGAUGUCUGCACUGAGCGGCACCGAGCCCACAGCCGGGGGAAGGGUCUUCUUCCAGACCCCACUGGCACCCCACCAAUCCCGGGACGGCUCCCCGCCGCCGGUGGUGUCUCAGCACAAGCAGCAGCAGCAGAAGAGACAGCAGCAGGGCAAAGUGACUGUGAAAUACGACAGGAAGGAGCUGAGGAAGAGGCUGGUGCUGGAGGAAUGGAUUGUGGAGCAGCUCAGUGAGCUCUAUGGAUGCCAGGAAGAAGAAAUGCCGGACGUAGAAAUAGACAUAGAUGAUCUUCUCGAUGCAUCCAGUGAAGAAGAACGAGUUGUCAAACUACGGGAAUCAUUAGUAGGAUGCUACAAACCAACAGAGGAAUUUAUUAGUCAGCUUUUGUCUCGAAUAAAAGGCAUGAGGAAGCUGAAUCCCCCUCAGAAGAAGGAUAUAUGAACCCGCCAUGAUCUUCCCAGCUUGAAGUGAUUCAGCAACAGCAUCUAUCUACGGGACUCAAAAGUUCUAACAAAAAUCUACAUAUUGCUGUUUCAUGGAGGGUGGGGUGGUAUAUGGCUGUAGCUCUAAACAUAAUACUCAAUUUGUUAUUGUGGUAGUUAAAUAAAGUUUUUUUUAUUGUUUUUUUUAAGUUAUUUGGGGCUAAGCUUUAGGUCAUAGAGGUAAAUAAAUGCCAUAAAAUGUAAGCACUAAGAAAGGUGUGUCAUUAAUAAGUUGUUAGGCCAGUAGGCACAUCUACCAAUGUGCUGUUAAAUAAACAGGAAUAUAUUCAGAACCUCAAUUUGAAGCAAUGGGUUAUGAUAUCAAUACCCAAUGUUGCUCCAUUUUAAUAGGUUUUUGCACAUAGUUUAGAACUUGAACAAGACUUUCUGUAUAUAAUGCCUUUCUUCUACCAAUGGCCAUCUUUGGAAAGAUUGCACAACAAAAAAUAUAUUAUGCACUAUUGCAGAAGUCAAUCAAAUACACUUUGGACACUAUAAUAUAUACCUUAAUUGACCUUUGAAGUUGUUAUUAUUUUAAUUCUAUGCAGGCAUGUCCCACCAAGGUAAACCAAUAAGGAAAAAUAUGAACAAUCCUUUUAAAGCAUCAUGUUUGUAAUAAUGUUGCAUAGGGGCUUAGUGUGAUUAUCGUGUUUUCAUAUGGCCAUUUGGAUGCACUGGUAAAGUGUUUUCUAAAUUGUGCAACUAAUUUCCCAUACAUUCUAUCAGGUGUUAAUUUAAAAAAAUAUUUAGAAAGUACCCCAUUCAUUAUUUUACCUGCGUGCCUAAGAAAAUAUAACAAGUACACAUUCUGUGUGCAUAAAGACCAGCUUGAAAAUUACUGAUCUAAUAUUUUAUAAGCCUCCCCGGAGCAGGUGACAAAAAAGAUUAAAGCACUCUGAGUAUACUACCACUCAGUACGUCCUACUGAUUUUUAUUUAUGUAGUUUACGAGGCUAGUCCACCCAAAAUCAAUGUUUUAGGUUUUGAUCAGUACUGUAGAGACAUACUAUCCAACAUCCACUUAUUUCUCUUGGGGACUUCACCGGUGAGAUCUGUGUGCUUUAGUUACAAAAUCUGCAUACCUGUCAUAGUCUUCAUAAAGUCUUCUUACUCUCCUGCUCCUCUUGGAUAACUAACAUAAUUUUAUUACCGAAAAAUGUGAUCAGAUAAGCGAAACUCCCCAUUAAGGUGGAUAGAAACUCCAAAGUUCUAAGAUGGAGCGAGGAACUAGGAUUUCUUUGCAACAGGCGACUUUAAAAAUAAAACCUUACUUUUGGGUGGUCUGGCCAUUUAAUACUUAAACUGCAUUGUCUGUCACAUUUUUAUUUUUCUGUGGUUAAAAAUAUCAUCAUAAAAAUAUUUUUGUGUGCCAAAGGGAUGCUUUUUAUUUUCAAUCUUUUGCAGUCGCAAAAAAAAAAAAAUGACCAGCACUUUAGCAACCUUCUCUAAAAUGAUGAUAAAGAAGGUAUAAUAAAAAUGUAAGUAUUUGUUUAAUGCCAUCAGUCCCAAUAUAGUCUUUGAGUUGGUGAUGAUUCCUAUAACAGUGUAAAAACUCUGCAAUUAAAAUUAGCUUGUCAAGUUAAAAUAACGCUUUUAUGGUUCUGCCAAAGUAAGAAUGAAAUGAUUUUUAUAGCAAUAUUUGUAAGGUUGACCCAUAGUGAAACUUUUUUCUUUGUGUGAGUGUGUGAAUUGGUAGUAGUUUGAUUUUUCAUAUAGGAAUAUCGCACAGCAGCCAAUGGCUAUUAAGAAUUCUGUGUAAAUGGUGCUCUUCUUUUCAACAGAAUACAUUAGAAUUUUCAAUUUUACUGGCAAGCUCUUUUUUUGUUUUAUUUUUAUUUUAUAUUGUUAACUGAUUUUAUUUACAAGAUAUUUGCUGAAAUAAAAACUUGAGAAGGUGGUUUUA